CUCUGUCUUCUUUCACCCUAAGACCUCCAAGGUUCCAGUUGAGAGCUCUUAAUUCUGGACAAACAGCUUGCUCUUGUGCUAUUCGCCUGGGACAGUAACGACCUUACUCUCUGCAGCUGGGGAUUUGAAGAGUCCGGAUAGCUCUACCUCUACUUUAAAGUGAAAUUAGACAGAUGGGUGGCAGUGGUUCAGCGAGCACUUCAAUUGAUAUUGAAGGGCUUUUGAAGGAAGUUCCAGAUAGCAUGCAAACAACCUUGCCGGAAGAGAUGUGUAUCUACCAUGUCCCGGUAGACAUUCGUCAAGUAAAUAAAGAUGCCUAUACCCCUCAGGUGAUUUGUAUAGGCCCAAUUCACCAAAAGAAUGAAAACCAAGUUAUAAAAGAACUGAAGCGAAGAUAUUUCAAACAGUUCUUUAACAGACUGCCGGCGGAAAAACAGAAACCGGUUCUGGAGGAACUUGUGAAGACCAUUACAGGUUGUGUAGAUAAAAUCCGCAAUUGUUAUGAAGAUGCUGCACUUGAACUUUGCAAGGAUCCAAAGGGUUGUGAAGUUAAAAUCCGCAAUUGUUAUGAAGAUGCUGCAUUUGAACCUCGCGAGGAUCCGAAGGGUUGUGAAGUUGAAAUCCUCGAUUGUUCUGAAGAUGAUUCUUCUAAACGUUGCGAGGAUCAAAAGGUGUUCUGGAAGAUGAUUCUAUGGGAUGCUGUAUUCAUCUUUGAGCUCUUCUUGAAGGAUAGAGAAUUUAUGGAAGAUAAAGACAAACCUCAAGGCAAAAAAGAUACAGAGAAAUACAAGAACGAUUAUAUAAUAGCUAAACCCUGGCUGAGACUUGCUGUGCAACGGGACCUGAUAUUACUCGAAAAUCAGCUGCCGUUCUGGAUUCUUGAUGAUUUGUAUGGUAUUGUCUCCAAAUACAUUAUAACCUGCUCUUGUCCACCUAAAGCUGGUUGCUCUUGUCCACCUGAAACCGAUAAAACCUGUUGCUCUUGUGUACCUAAAACCGAUUGCUGUUGUCCAUGUAUAACUUUUCCGGUUCUUGCUUGCAAGUUCUUUGAGACGUACAACAAGAAACAGACCUGUCUUCAGAAACCAUUACAUUUCACUGAUCUGGUAAGAUAUUUUUUGCUUCCCGUCAACCCAAGUCCACCUGAAACCGAUAAAACCUGUUGCUCUUGUGUACCUAAACCCGAUAGCUGUUGUCCAUGUAUAACUUUUCCGGUUCGUACUCGCAAGUUCUUUGAGAUGCACAACAAGAAACAAACCAGUCCUCCGAAACCACAUGACUCGCCAAUUAAAUUACUUCAUAGUACAACUAGGCUGCACCAAGCAGGAAUAAAGUUCGAGCCGAAGCCUGAUGAACACUUAAUUAACAUAAGAUCAUGGACGCAAGAUGAUUCUAUCAAGAAAGGUGAGUUACAUGUUCCAAUCCUUGUGAUUGACGAUCAUACUGAUUGUAUCUUUCGAAACCUGAUGGCGCUGGAGCAGUGUCAUUAUCCUUAUGAAGCGGUCAUCUGCGAGUAUGUUAUAUUCUUGGAUUGUCUUGUGGAUACCAAAGAAGAUGCAGAUUUGCUCAUUAAAAGUAAAGUUAUUGUUAAUAUGCUUGGAGAAAGUAAUGAUGUGGCUAAGCUGAUUAACAAACUUUGCCAAGGAAUCGUAGAAGUCUCUUCGCGCUAUAACAGGCUCGCCGAAGAUUUAAAUAAAUACUAUGACAACCCGUAUAACAAGAACCCUGGGAGUUAA